GACCCGCCCGACUGAAAACGUUUGAAACAAACGGGGUGAAAUUUCACCCGUUUAACGUAAAAUGGAGCUCCACAUUUUCUUUUCGAAGCCCGUAUAGCACCCCUCAUUCCUGCCUUCUCACCGUUGCACCAGAGGCGUCGCCGCUCCGCUCCUCCGCCGAUCUCGUAUCAAAUUGACGUUGUGGCUCUCCUCCCUAUCGUUGAUCCAUCUGAUUCAUUCUAGGGUUUGCAAGAGGCAUCUUAGUUUGCUGCAAGUGAGGUGGGAGAGUCUCUCUCUCUUUCUACGAUCGAUUUUGUUGACCAUACCUAUAUGCUGUUGAGAGUUUUCUGUAACAUUCUCUCAUUCCGUCACCGUUCUGCCGCCUUUUUUCUCCGCCACGAUCGAGCUAGCCAGACAUCUCUCUAACCUUCUUUCAUUGCCAGGGUCGAGCAGGAGGGACAUCUGCCAGGAGCAGUCAUGGGAGAUAACUCCAACAAUCGCCGUGCAAUGUUCCAAUUCAAACCAAAAAUCCCUCCACGGAAACCGCCUAAACCUGUUGCCCCUAAAUCUGAAGUGGCUGAGUUAGGUGAUGCAACUUUGUCUGAUGAAUUGCUCAAGCUCGUGAAGCAAUCUCAGGAGGACCCGAGGAGUAGAAAAAACAAAACUGAGAGAAAGGCUGCACCAGUGCAAGUUGCAUUUGGAUAUGGUCAAUCAGCUGGUUCCUCCAGGCCACAGCAGAUCAGAUUUGGCGCAAGGAGCACAUCCAUCCAAUCAGCUUCUGCUUUAGAUGGAAAUGGAUCCACAGACUCAGCAGUUGAAGAUGAAUAUGAAGAACCGUUUAACUAUUAUUCAUAUUAUCCUAUUUCCGUUCCUUUGAGACGGCCAUACUCUGGGGAUCCUGAACUUCUUGAUGAAAAGGAGUUUGGAGAAGCCUCUGCAUCAAAUCUUUCUGAUGAAGAAUCUCUAAAGGCAGCUGUGGAGCUUGGUUUGAUGGAGGACAAGGCAGAACCACAGAUGUUCCUGUUUCAGUUUCCCGUGAGUUUACCUUUGCUCAAACGAUCUGCUACUGCCGUGGGUAAAGAAGAAGAAGCUGACCCCGGUUCUAGGUCACAAAUAGCUUGCAAAUUACAAGAUCUACAGGCAGGCUCUGUGGGGAAAAUGAUGGUAUACGAAAAUGGCACCAUCAAAAUGAAAAUUGGAGAUGCUCUGUUUGAUGUUUCAUCUAGCCCAGAGUGCUCUUUUGCGCAAGACGUGUGCGUGAUCAACACUGAAGAGAAGCACUUCUGCAAUCUCGGCGAACUCACAAAACGCGCCGUCGUGACCCCAGACAUUGAGAGCAUGUUCAGUCUCAACCUUGACGACCACCCAUAACAAAUGGAUGUGCUUUCUUAUACCCCUGCUGUGUUACAGAUUUCCCUUUUAUUUUUCGAACAUGCACAAAAACGUUGAAGGGGAAAGCAUCAGCAAUCUUGUCACUCGAAUUGACUUGCGAAUCGGCGUUUUGGAUCCCAAGACUAAGAGGAAGAAGGAAGUUAGACGGAUCGGAUGAUAAGUGGAGUGGAGAGACGAGAACAAGACACAUGAACAAGAGAGUACGUUCAACGUUCAUAUGAUUGACACGGAUAGAAGGUUUUUUGGCAUCUGUGCUCCUUUGGCCCCCUUGUGCAUGAUGAGAACGGGAAUCAGGGGCCUCUCAGAAUUUUGUUUUGCUUGUUUACAGGCUGGAAAUGUGGACGAAUUGAAAUGACUGGUGUGAGUAAGAUCAAUGCAAGAUUGUGAAUGAAUUUAAUUAUGAAAA